GUGAUGAAUUGCAUUUUUAACUAUAAUGGUCGUACGGACAAGACGCUCCGUGCAUCCGGUGCUAAAAUAAAAAAAAAAGAAGAAGAAAAAGAAGCGCUUUUGACUUUUCUUUGUGCGAACGGUAUUCUCUACAAGAAAUACAAACGCAUGAUCAUGCUUAUUGGCACUGCAUUUUGUUCAAAAAGGAGAAAGAGUCUUUUCUCAAAUCUCAUCUAGAAAGUUUGUCCAAUGGCGCGGAUUACUUGAUCAGCGAAAUAAUACACGAUAAUGUGAAUGUGUAAUAAUCCACGAUGGCGUAUGUGAUUUUUUAAAAUGAAAUUAAGACUGAAAAAGACGUGAACGAUAUUAUCAGUGAAAAUUUCAAUCAAUAGUCAAAUAAUGUAAUACGUGUGAAAAUGCUACUAAAGAGACGAGUCGAGUAUUGGAAUCAAUAAAGGAACAUUUGAUAUCGUUUUAGACCGCAAAGACCGCAUAGUGUUUAUAUGACGAUUACAUGAUAGAUAAACUGUCGAUCGAUCGUUAUGAUAUGAUCACGUCGUGCAAGUCUAAAAAUUGCUUUAACAGAUCAAUCAAUUGUUCGAUCAAUUCUCUCGAUACUGAUGACAGGCUCUUUGAACAUUUUUCGCGAUAUUCGCUAAUAUUUGAUCAUGUUUAAUAAUGCGUCAGCGUUUAGAUUGGAUUUCUCGACUCACUCCGACUCAUCAAAUUGCAAAGAAUCGCGAGAAAUAAGGAUUAUCGAAACGGAGAAAAAGUGAUCUCGAUCGGUGAUUUGCACAAAAACACUUUGCAUAUUGUCUAAUCUCGAGAGCAUUCGCAUCCCGAAAACGGAUCAUUGUCGAGAUGGGUCGUGAACGAUUUACUUCAAGCAGCCGUCGUUGAAAACAUUAUUUGUACAAUCACAAACGUGUAAAAACCAACACUGAAAUAGUGCUAGUUGCAAGCGGAAAAUAAGUUGAUUGCGGAGAUGGCGAGAGAGGCUAUUAAAGACCGGGUCUAUUAAGGGAUACGAUCUAUCAAGGACCAUAAAUCCCGGAGAAAUGCAAGACUGUGUGAAGACGCAGAGCGCCAUGAAUUAAGAAGAAACGCAAGAUAAUGGGAAUGUUAAAGGACUGUCCCGCAGCGGUGGGAUCUGUUAAGAACCGGAAUAAAAUUCAAGGAAAACAUAAAAAUUACUAUAAAGAAUCCUUUUAGAAUAGAUAAAAUCUACAUGUUUAGUAAGUUAUAAAAUGUUCAAAACAGAGGCUGCAAAAACAAUAACUGCAAGAGGAUAAUAAUUAAAUUACAAUGUUGAAAAUAUAUCGAUCUCAAGAACUAUCGUAGUAUAAACGUAUGUAUGUUGCUGAAGCAAAAUGUGGCUGACGCGUAAAGAUGUGCAAAUCGACUUGAUUUCAAAAAACAUGAUCGUGCAUUAAAGUUUCAAGCACGCUGUGUGUAUUACUAUAUAAGCAGUCACUGUUACAAGCGAAGAUUUCUCACAUCGUAGAGAUGUCGAGGUUUAAGCUUGAGAUAACGCAUCAUCACGAGUGGACGUAACAAACGGACGUAAGCUACGAACGAGAAGAUGAGCGGCUGAAGAUGAGUGCGUCAGGCUGUUGGUGCGCGCUCAUCCUGCUCACGUUCACGCAAGAUUCCCUCGGCAGCCAUUACGAGAAGCUCCUCCAGCUCGAGAAGCCGAAGGAGUACUUGCGGCAUCAGCAGAACCACCGCUCGUCAACCUACGUCGAUCGCAAACUCGUUGUCGACCAGCCGGUGGAAUUUCGCGCCGCAGAGAUCCACUCAACGCUCGAUAGUCCCGCGAUCGUCGAGAUCGCUUGCGCGCGGAUCGAGGAGGAGAAUCGUCGUGCGGAGAUCCGUCCGAUAAUCCCGCGAAAUCGCGCCGCGAGCCCAAUCCAAUCGAUGGAUAUUCGUUCCGCGAUUGUCAUGCCGAUUCGUCCCGCUGAUUCGGAGAAUCGUCUGGAAAAACGCGCGGAAAAUCGUCCCGAGAAAAUCCGCUCGUCGGCGAAGAAUCUCGUCGCCGUUCGAGCAGAAAUGCAUUCGCAGGGGAAUCAUCGUGCCAUGGCGAUACGUUCGGUGGAAAUUUCUCCCGCGGAAAUCGCCUUCGGCCCCGGGAAAGUUCGCGCGGCGGAGAAACGUCUGUUGAGAAUCCAUCCGACGGAUAUGCGUUCGCAAGCGGAAGAUCAUCGUUCCGCGGAGGAAAUUUCGCCGACGGAGUUCCGACCGAUGGAAACCCCGUGGACGGAGAUGGAGCAGGCGGAAGCGUCGAGCGUUGAGAGAUCGCAAAUCCGCCACGGACGGUCCAGGAGCCAUUUUGCGCGACAGAAGAUGGAGGAGCCCGCGAAGGAUAACGCGAAGGACGCGGUGAAUAGGAUCAAGGCCGGCGUACGUGACGAUCGGGAAAAUCACUUAAAGAAGUCACGUCAAACGGAAAAAGCGAACAAUUUUUCGGAAGGAUCUGUCUCGCUCAAGCGUAAUCAUUCCUGGCUUCUCGAGCAGAAUUUCUCGAAAGAUAAUUCGACCAACGGUCAAUCUGUCGAUCGAAUCGAGGAUAAUGUUCCGGAGGGGCUGGAAAGUUUGCUCAAGUUGUAUCAGGCGAGAAAAGGAAGCGUUGCCAAAGAAAGUUCUAUCAUUCCUCUCGCGCGUAAUCUUUCCUGGCUGAUCGAACAGAAUAUCUUCAAGAAUAACACGAUCAGCUCCGACCGAUCAUCCGAUUAUAUCAAGGACGAAACGCAGACAAACUCUGAUGUCACAUCGAAAGCGCACCAGCCGGAUAAUCAAGGUAUUCUACGAUCGAGUCCCGAUUCCCUAAAGAGUCUCUUCAAGGACAACCCUCUGAACAAAUUGAGGAAGGCGAUGUUUUCGAAUAAAACAAUUGUUCCGCCGGCUGCGAUCGAUCGCAACUCGACCGAAACGCUCGGCGUUGAUCCGACCGAGAACACCAGUGAAUCCUCUCACGAUCUUGACGAGGAAGUCCUGCAGGACGUACUGGACUAUACGAGUUACGAGGAGCCGACAAACGCCACAUCCGAUCGGUCGUCGGCGCGUCGGAAGCCGCCAGCCGCCCAGGUCGACAUAGUGACGCGUUUCCUGCGCAUCAUCGAGAAUCAGCACACUCUCGGUGAGAAUUGCACCGCCGGCACCGAUCUGAACCUGGGCGAGGGUGUGGUGGACCAAUAUGCACAAGAGAGAUUCCGACUGGAAGCGGAAUUUGCGGUCAAUCGCGCCAACAUGCUUACUCGCCUCUGGAAGUACGCGCCGGAAGUAAUGCUCUCGUCCGAGUUUCUGCUGCACGCGGGCGUCCUUUCGAUGGUGGAAUUCGACGAGGAUAUCUUCGCUGCUGGCAAUUGCUACGACAAGUUGCAAUAUCGCGAUCGCUGGCUGUACUGCCCGUUCGCUCACCGACUGCCGAAUCAGGAUGGCGUACUCGUGAAGGACCUCGCGAACCAGUACAAGUACCUGAGCAACAGCAGCGAGUGGUUCUACAUCGCCAGGAAAAACGCCGAGAGAGUGAUCGCCAGCUACGAGCAAUUCAGCCGGGGAUUCCACACCUAUACGUUCAACGACAGCAUGCACACAGAAAGGGAGGAGGACGAGAUCCUGACAGUGAAAUACGAGGAUGGCAGGUGGUCGAAGCCGUACUACGACUGCGGGGGCGGCAAUAUCUGGAUGCUGACCUACACAGUGCCCUUCUUCGGAUACGUCAACGACAGCUACUUCUUCAAGGGCACCAGCGGUAUCGACAUAGACCUUCGCCGAGUAGACAUAGAUCAGUGCCCGUUGCCGGCAGGAUCGACGCAGCUGAACAUAUUCGCCGCCAGCGACAAGUGCAAAAAGCGCACCACCGAGUGCAUCGCUAUUCCCGGCCUUGGCUUUCGCCGCGGUAGUUAUCGAUGCGUUUGUAAACGAGGUUUCUAUUACCCGGACACGAAAUCAGACAAGAGGUAUUACAAUGGCACGGUCAUAGAGGAGGAAUAUGAGAAAUUGAUGAUGGGUGAGAAGAGUCAAUAUGCGGAGAGCGGGGUGUUUGAAUGCCUGCCGUGCGCUGAAGGAUGCGAGUCUUGCGAAGACGAUUCGCCUUGCGUCGUGUCUCUGAACUGGUUGAUGCGAACGGCGAUACUGAUCCUGGAGUGCUGCAUCAUCGCCUGUCUGCCAGCCGUUGUUCUUUUCACAUGGAAAUACGGACACGUAAAGGUGGUGCGGGCGGCCAGUCCAGUUUUGUUGCGUGUGAUUGUCCUCGGCGCCUUCUUUAUUUAUUGCACAACAAUAGUUAUGUACCCCAGGCCAAACAUCAUCACGUGCACCGUGCGCGUAUGGCUACGAGAAAUUGGCUUUUCCCUCACAUACGGAGCACUCAUGCUCAAAACGUGGCGGAUAUCCGUGAUCUUCCGAGUAAAAUCAGCGAAAGCCGUGAAAAUAACAGACGCGAGCCUGCUGAAGCGGCUCGGCAUCAUCGUCCUGACGUUCAGCGUGUUCCUGAGCAUAAGGACAUUGGUCGCGCCGCCUGUCGUGAUCGUCGCGCGCACCGCUGACGAUCUCAAAGCAUAUCUCUGCCGGACUGACUGGUGGGACCACAGUUUCACUACCCUCGAGGUGAUAUUUCUCGUGUGGGGCAUCCGCUUGUGCAUCGUAGUAAGAAAAACUCCGUCAGAGUUUAAUGAGAGUCGAUUCAUUUCAAUGGCGAUUUACAACGAAUUUCUACUAUCAGUCUUCCUCAACGUUUCAAUGUUGUUCCUGCAAUCGCCGGCCAAUCCGGAUUUAUUGUACAUCAUAUUUUUCUGCCACACCCAGCUCACCGUCACAUUGCUGCUGUGCCUGAUAUUCGGCAGUAAAGUUUACGUGGUGUUCCGCGGCGGAGGGAAGGAGGAGACGAUCGGCAAACUUUGCGGCGCGACCGGCAAGUUCCUGGGGAAAAGCAGUCGUCCGCAGGGUACCAGUAACCAGACCAACUCGAUAUCCCUUCAGCAGGGUAAUUUUGCUGAAGAGAGUGACUCCGCUACGGAGGAGUUCCGUCGUUUGCUCAAUCAGCUAGAAGUUCUAAAAGAAAAGAACAUUUUACUGGGAAAUCAGGAGUUAGUUGGCAAGCUGGCUGCCAUGUUAGAAGCAUCAAAUCGCAUCGAGGCUCAAGUGUCAACCAUUCAAGCAAUCUCGACUAGCAUCGUCCAACUGAACGAUCUCAAUAAAUCGACCGAGGAAACCAACCUUGGACAAACUUGUCAAGAGCAAGAACGGGCAGGAAACAAUCCUCAAGGCGAAAGUCGAUGUCGCGCGUGUAUCGAAAAAAACGGGCUUGGAAGAAAAGAUGCGCAGGAUCCAUCCAAGAAUAACGAAGCGUCUGACUUGAAGAGGAUCGCCAAAGACAUCGUCGUAUCGACGUCCUCGAAGCACGAGAAUGCUGGCAGGGAAAUGUAUCACGAGGAGGAUAGUAAGGAAACCGAUUCGAAGGAUAAGUCAAGAAGCAAAUCUGGUCAUGCUAGAACACACGCCAUAGUUAUCAACCUUGAUGAUAAGAGCAGGUUCUCGGAGGAAGUUACCGUGUAACGCAAUCGUUAGCGAAAAAUAAAUGGCUAGAAUAAAUGCAGUUUUCUGAUUGUCUCUCAUUAAUUAAGUGUACUUUCGUUUCCAAGAUAUCACAUCGCGAUCGUCUUUAUCGUCUAGUCGUGAUCAAAAGUCACAAUUAUCAAUCUCAGAUUCUCGAUUAACAUGUUAUUCUUCAAACUUGAAAUCAAUAAUUGGUACGGGAUUUCUUCAGAUGCAAUUAACGAAGAAAUUUAUAUUUGAAUAAAAUUAAUCUGAGGAAAUACCGUGUUGAAUUCUCAUAAUCACGAGUAACAAUUAUUUCUACGGAAGAAAAUAAAAGUUUUAAUUUUAUUCUAAUUUAUAAAUUUGUACCGUAAAUAAUACAACUAAACUGCUUGAAACAGGUCUUUCUGUACCAAAAGUGAUUAAGAAAUCUCUCGAUUAUCGAACAUAAUAAUAAUUUUAUCGACAAGUGCGAAAUUUUAACGUUAAACUAAAGUAUUGCGAAGACUGUGAGAAUGAUUUACUUUGAAUAAGAAUUAUUUAAGCAAUCUUUCAGUCAUCAAGAGUAAUAAUUAUUCGCAAAAGAGGAGCGUGAGACGCACAUAUCGAUUUUUUAAUAUUUCGAUGUAUAUCGAGUAUCCGUGGGAUAACGGAAGAUUAAUCCAUUAGAUUAAUUACGUCGGUUGGAAUUUCCGAGCAAGACCGAUCGCAUCCUAGUGCGUCAUUAAUGAACCGUUCAUUAACCCUUAGGGAGUAACCUUCCCAGCCCUUCCCACCGGCAAAUCGAUCUUGGGCUAUGGGCUUUCCAAGAUCAAAAUGUGCUUCGUCAGCGUGUUCGCGGAUUACGGAUAGUCUGCACCUGUAAUUAUGUAUUAAUGUAAAAGCAAGUUAAGGUAUAAGGCUCAUUAAUCCUUUCCUAGCUCCUUGAUGCCCGCGCGGUAUCGUUAAAAUUUCCAAAUAAUAAGAUUGUUUUUUGACAUUAAUUUCUUAAGAACGUGAUGAGAUAAAUGUGUAAGUAACAUAAUAUAUUGCAUUAAAAUUAUGUAAAUAUAAAUGCAUUUAAACCA